AUGAGCACUGUCGGAGCAGAUGGCUCACUGCGGGAUGCCUACCGCGAGGGCGGUAUUGUCGAGGUUCCUCGUAGAAAGAAGAAAGGAAAAGAACAUGCUAGCACCGGCUUCUCAGCAGCUGCUAUGCGGGCACUGGGUGCUCGAAUGUUGACAUUCUACUUUCGGGCGCCCAUCAAGGCGUUUUUCAAACCAAGGAUAGAGUGAGUUAGUUAUGAUUAUCUGGCUAGCGAUGUCUUAUCUGACAUUUCUGUAGUUAUAUGGUACGCUCAGUUUAAAAUCCAACCUCAAGUUCAUGGGCUGACACCCUCAAGGGAUAUGCGCGAGCCAUCAACCCAAGCGUUCAAGGCGGCGCAGCUUGGUCGUGGCGAAUGACCAGCCCGGCUCUGCUCUAUAACGCAGUGCGGCACCAUGGCUGGACAUUUAUCCCCAACCAGUUCUUACCACCCCUCAUCGCCAAUACCGCUGUGGGCGCUGUCCUUUAUACCGCUUAUCUGCAAUCUCUGUGUUACAUGCAUGAGCCGUCUUCGAUAUCGACAAAACGUGUCUAUCCACCGCCGCCACCUAGCAUCUCCUUCUCCGCUGGAUUCGUUGCAGGGUCUAUCCAAAGCCUCCUCGCCGCGCCAGUGGAUGCGCUUCAAACACGUUUCCAAGCAAAGGAGAUGAUGGAGGGGAAGUAUACCAACAUGUGGCAAUAUGGCUGGCGCAAGACCCGUGAGAUUGGAGCACGUGGUAUCAUGGCUGGAUGGGGCCUGUCAUUCGUCAAGGAUUCACUAGGAGCAGGAGUGUUCUUCGCCACAUUUGAAACAGUCAAGUCUCAAGCGUUUUACAGCUUCGUCAGUACCUGGUACGGAGACUGGGCGAAAUUGUCAGCCGUGCAGAGAGAAGCCAUUUCUGCGCAACGAGCAGCUUCCGGACGACCUGAAAUACGGCCUCAUUACAUGGUAGAGCCCGCGUUUCUACUGCUCGCGGGAGUUGCGGCCUCAGUAGCACAAGCUGUCAUCCAGCACCCGCUCAGCCGGCUGCAGGAGAUUCACCACGGUCGAUUGGAGUGGAUAGACUCGCACGACCACCAUAAACCCGGAGAGCGUAAAAAGAGAGCGCUCAGGCUAUAUGCAGCAGCUUAUCGAAAGACCAUCAGGCAUGUUCUGGUCGUCGCACGUCGCAAUGGGGGCCUCACUCGCUGGCUGUACAGGGACUUCUUCAUGAGCACCAUACGCCAGGUCCCGAGCACAAGCGCGGGACUCAUCGUUUUCGAGAUCAUCAGGCGGAAGUACGGUAACGACGACGAAGCUGUGAGAAUCCCGAAGAAUGGAUACGAGAUCGUGUUGAUAUAG